CUUCCCCCCACCCACGGGUUGCUUUAGGCUACGGUUGAGCGCCUGAGUCCAGAUAAUAAGAAACCGCCUCAUUCAUUUAAAUUCUCAGUGGUCUAAAAAAUUUGGAUCCUAAACCUAAAAAGAUGUAUUUCUUUUCUCUCAACGUCUUCCAGUUUAUUUAAUCUUUUCAAAUCGGUAGACCUAGUUCGUUUCUUUGAAGCUGUUAGUCUGGCAAUCUACAGGGCACUCCAACUGCGGGGUCCUCACGGUCUUCUCAGCUGUCUCCGUCUCGGUUGGGAGAGGACCCGGCGCCGAAUCACUGACAGGCCCAGGUGUCGGGAAAAUGAUCCACAGUCUAUUUCUCAUAAAUUGUUCCGGUGACAUAUUUCUAGAGAAGCACUGGAAGAGUGUUGUGAGCCAAUCUGUCUGUGAUUAUUUCUUUGAAGCUCAAGAGAAAGCUGCUGAUGUUGAAAAUGUACCACCUGUCAUUUCAACACCUCACCACUACCUCAUCAGUAUCUACAGGGAUAAGCUCUUCUUUGUGUCUGUCAUACAGACUGAAGUGCCACCUCUCUUUGUAAUUGAGUUCCUACAUCGAGUUGCUGACACGUUUCAGGACUACUUUGGUGAGUGUUCAGAGGCUGCAAUUAAGGAUAAUGUGGUCAUAGUAUAUGAGCUCUUGGAAGAAAUGUUAGACAAUGGAUUUCCACUGGCUACUGAAUCUAACAUUUUGAAAGAACUGAUUAAACCACCAACAAUUCUACGUUCUGUUGUUAACUCUAUUACAGGCAGUAGUAACGUUGGGGACACACUCCCCACUGGGCAGCUGUCCAACAUCCCAUGGCGCCGGGCGGGGGUAAAGUACACAAAUAAUGAAGCUUAUUUUGAUGUCGUUGAAGAAAUAGAUGCAAUUAUAGAUAAAUCAGGAUCUACAGUCUUUGCAGAAAUUCAGGGGGUCAUUGAUGCUUGCAUUAAGUUAUCCGGAAUGCCUGACCUUUCCCUUUCUUUCAUGAACCCAAGGCUUCUAGAUGAUGUCAGCUUCCACCCCUGCAUCCGGUUCAAACGUUGGGAAUCUGAAAGAGUUUUGUCCUUUAUUCCUCCAGAUGGAAAUUUCCGACUCAUAUCAUAUCGUGUCAGCUCACAAAAUCUAGUGGCCAUACCUGUGUAUGUGAAACAUAGCAUCAGCUUUAAGGAGAACAGUUCUUGUGGCAGAUUUGAUAUUACAAUUGGACCAAAGCAGAAUAUGGGGAAAACUAUUGAAGGAAUCACAGUGACAGUUCACAUGCCAAAAGUUGUGCUGAAUAUGAACCUGACACCAACACAAGGCAGCUAUACAUUUGAUCCAGUUACCAAGGUACUGACAUGGGAUGUGGGAAAAAUUACUCCACAAAAGCUCCCAAGUCUUAAAGGACUGAUAAAUUUACAGUCCGGAGCACCCAAGCCAGAGGAGAAUCCAAGCCUCAACAUACAGUUCAAGAUCCAGCAGCUUGCUAUUUCGGGCUUAAAAGUAAACCGCUUGGACAUGUAUGGGGAGAAAUAUAAGCCAUUUAAAGGAGUGAAAUAUGUCACGAAAGCUGGAAAAUUCCAAGUGAGGACAUAAGAGGCCAAAAUUCCUCAAGAUCUGUUUGUUUUCUUAGUGUCAUUAUAGUUUAUUACUAUUAGGUACUAAGUGGGUGGGAAUACUUAUUCUAGUUAAAGCAUUUGUUUGGAGCUACACACCGCUAACAAAAUUGCUUAGUAAUCAAUGUAGGGUUCUUAAGGCGCUUUAAGCUAAGGUAACUUUUGAAUAACUUAGCUUAUUUUGUAUCUUUUCAAUUAGAAGAUUUUGGAGGUGAUUUCCUCCACAGGGUGGGCACCAGCUGGAGGUUGCACAUUGUAACAGUAAAGGCAGAAGGCUACAGUCAUAACCUCUUCUAAAACAAGUGACCUGAUCUCAGCCAGCAGCUGUCUUAACCUGUGAUGUGAUGUGUCAAGUGCAGCCAAAUAUCACACCUGACCUUACCCGUCCCAAAUCAGCAUCUGUCCCAACAGGAAUUUCCUCCACCCCAAGAAGUUUACAAGAAAACUGCCUCUUCAAGUGUUUGCCUUAUUUAGCUUUUCACAUGUGCCAUUAAGCAAGCACUGUAGCAAAAGCCACUUCCACAUGGUCCUGGCAGGGAGCACUGCUGCUCCAUGUUCCAUUCUUACUGUACUUGGUGUAUAGUAUUUUUUAUAAAUAAGAUUUUUAUGUAAAGUUCAGAUUUUGAUUUACAGGGACCUUGCUGCAAUAAGUACCAUCUCAGUUUUGCACCAUUGGUUCGGCUGUUAGCACAGGAAAAAUCAUUUGUAUCAAAGGGGCAAAUGCUUUAUUAAGGUAAUAUAAAGGAACACUAUUGCUUUUAGUAAGUUAUUUGCAAGCACAGCUGUUUGAGUUUUUAAAUAAAUUAAAAUAGUAAAAUAGCAUAAGUGAACCUUUGCCAUCUUCAUGUUUUAUAAAACGUAUCCAACACCAAUUAAACCAUAGAUAGCCUAAAGGCCUCAUGCUGUACAGUUCAGCAAAAGGAAGAAAAUAUGCCUGCCUCACUAUCACCUUUUAUUGUUUGUUGUUUUUUUUUUUACUUUUUUAAUUGAAUUUAUUGGGGUGACAUUGUUUAAUAAAAUUAUGUAGGUUUCAGGUGUACAAUUCUGUAACACAUCAUCUGUAUAUUGUAUUAUAUGUUCACCACCCCAAGUCAGGUCUCCUUCCAUCACCAUCUAUCCCCUCUACCCUCUUGUACCUCCCCUCCCUCCUUUCCCUCUGGAAUCACCAUACUGUUGUCUGCGUCUAUAUGUUGUUGUUCUUAAGGGCUUGAAUUUGCCUAUAUCCUUUGUCUUCAAGGGGAACUCCCUUUUCAUAUUGUAUGCUUCUCAAAACUGUACUCAAUAGAUUCCUUCCUAAAACUGUUAUUGUAAUUGUCAGUGGAGUACUUAAAUGUCUCUACUGUACUGACAAGGUAUGCAGACGUGUACAUUGUGGUGAGUCAGGAACAAAAUGCUCAGUAACAUUGAUGAAACCUUGUGGUCAUCCUGGUUGGUUGUCAGUUUACGCUGUAUUUCACUCAACUUCAUUGGCUUAGAAGUUCUGGCCCUUAUUUAGUCUUAUUAGACAUGAACAAUGAGGGAAAAGCUAAAAGUUGAUACAAGUGCUUGUUCAUGUUUCCUUCUUGUCUUAUUUAUGCUCUAGGUCUCUUCUCCUUAUGACUCCAUUCUUUUCAUUCUUCUCAGCUUUUAACUCCCUUUCCCUUAUGUUAAAGAUACGCUUCUCACUCAACCCAUUCUGCUGUCAAGAACUAGUGGUUGGUGCUGGUACAGGGAGCCCAAUAUACAGCAGCACUCUGGCCUAUGCCUGCCUGGGGCAUCCUGCCUGCCUUUCAUCUAAUAGGAAAGGUUACUUUUUGCAACUUUGAAAUUUCUAGGGUAACCAGUAUGAGCUCGGCAUCUAAAAUCAAGAUGUUGCCAAAUAUUUAUUCCCUUUGCUUAAGGUUGGUUACCCAACUCAACUGCUUUUUAUUUUUAAUGUUUUACAAAAGAACAAUCAGUACAUUUGCUUUUCUUUCUGCCCAAUCUCUAAUCAGCAUCUGUACCCAGACUGUCCAGUUUUCUUUCCGUGCGAUCCUCUGUCUUAUAUAUAAGCAGAUUGUAUGCCAAGAGUCCCAUGCCUCUAGCAAUUUCUGAUAAACUUUCACAUAGACUAUUUCCUUUUACAAUUAAAUUAUUGUAUUUAUUGAUUUGA